AUUCUCGGAGGAUGGGAGGAUUGCUUGGGAGGACCCCGGAGAUGACGAGCGGAGAAAGGAAUUCAUGUCGGGAGGCUCACGCCUGUCGUCGAAGAUCUAUCCACCACGAGAGAUCCCACGAGCACGAUUCAGCAAGAAGUCAUUCGUAGAGGAGGGUGACUUGUCAACGCUGUUGCGAACCAGAACAAUAGCGAUGUAUUGCCAAAUUUCCUUGCGUAAAAAGGACUAUGACUACGAACGAUCGGCGACAUACAGCAGUGCGAUCGCGAUUUUUGCGACAGGAUACGUCCGGUCCAGAAGAUUCCUUGACCGAUAUGCGCUGUACAAUUAUGAUAUGACGUAUUGUCGCAUCAAGCAUCCGUAUCUGGUCCCCAACAUUGCCUCCGCCAUUUCCCAUCAAGCGAAGAAUAUGGAAGAGACAGAUCGGUGA